AUGAUUACUCAAGAUCUCCCCCUUCAAGAAAACCAUGGCGCGACCUUACAAUCACUCAGUGCAUAACCACCGUUAAACAAAACGUUUAAGAUAAUUAUACACUAAGUUGUUGACUGCAGAUACAUCGCCCGGCUUCAGGAAAGCGAGAUAAAUGCAGUCUUGAAUAACUCACUAUCCUCCAAGAAGACUAGUGAGUAUAAUAGAGGGAAAAAUAAGUCAUUUACAAAGACACAAAGGGAAAAAGAAAAUAAUCAAGGAGAAUAGUAACAGCAAGUUCAGUAGAGGAGUCAUGCCAAUGGAAAAUUUACAUGCGAAUGCACUAUCUGCAUUGAAUAAACAAAGCCUGAGUACCAUCUUGAUAUCUAUCAGAAUCAGCUUGACGUGAGGGAACAUCUCUACCAAGGCAUGCCUAGAGAUUUUCACUGGCUCAUGCAGCAUCUUCUACCAAUAAAUGAAAAAAUUAGAGGAUGUGAAUUAAUAUUCCCAGACACUGUAUUGUUCCACAGAGGGAAGCCAAAAGUUAUCAUAAAAAAUGACAAGGAAUAUUGCUUGAUGCCUAUCAGAUAGCUCUCUAAACUUAAUUUGCAAUCAAUUUACAAAGAUUUUUCGAAUGUAGUUAGAGAAAGGAAGAAAGAUUUCGCUGGAGCUUUUCAUAAGUUAUAUAAUUACUCAUCAGGUGUGGGUUAAAUGCUGAAAUAAAAUGAUAUCUUCUAAUCUUUAUUUCAAAGUUAAAAUAAUAAUACUAACGGAGGAAAUAUCAAUCAAUAAGAUGGAGGGAAUGGCUUGGCAGCACAUGGAGGAGGAUCUAGUACUAAUGUAUUAGCAUUAGGAAUGGGAGAUUAAAGUCAUUCAAAAGGUGAAGGGAAAUUCAUUGGAGGAAGAGACUUUUCGCCAGAGAAUUUAUAAAAAGACAAACUUAGAUAGAAUGGAAUGCUUCCAUCUGUGAAUGAAAAGAUUAAUGAUUCAAAGCCUGUAAUAAGCGGUGUAACUGACAAGAACAUUUACUAUAAAGAUGUGGCUUUGAUUAGAUAUAAACCUGAUGAUAAAGGUGAAUCAUUAGUUCAAGUAGUAAAUGAAACUGGAUUCAUGACAACUUUCCAUAAAAGAGCUAAUGAUGACUAUUGGAAAACAGUUUCAUGCAUCUAAACUAAUCUCAAAUCGAAGUUGGGAUGUGGUCAACCUAUAAUCAUAAAGUUUUACGCUCCACUAGAUUAUGAAGAACCCGAAGCUGAAAUAACAUAUGACUAUAAAUCGAUUGGUGGAGACGAAGAUUUGAUUAGACGAGAUCAGCACUAAUACUGCUUGAAAUAGUGUUAUAAAAUGUGCUACUAUGUUUAAAAAGUGUAUCACUUCGAAAUUCUUAAAAUGAGAACAGAAUUUUCUAGAGAUGAAAAUGGAACAAUAUGGUUUUUCUAUGCAUCCCAAAUAGUUGCAAGACCAGUAAAAGGCAAGGGUUUAGCUUUUCAAUCGAAGAAAGUUAACUAUGUAAAUCAAGAAAACAAAACUCAUCUUCUCAAUGAAUUGGAAAGACAUCAAGAAAUAGCAAGAGAUAAUAACUCUUAGAAUAUUCAAAAAAUGUAUGAAAUAAUGGGCUAGCAUUAUAAUAACAUCAAAGAUCAUUUGGGCCUUAAAGAAGCAUUUGAUAACUCAGACUCUGAUGAUUAUACAGAGGAGAUAUUUAAAAAACUUAGACCUUAAUCUCCAUACAAAUUCAAAGAUCUGAUUAAAAAUCAAUUUGAUCCCAAAAAGUUUAAUAGAAUGAUGGGUAAAGCAGACAAAAAGCUUGAUCAUGAAUAAGUUAAAGACAUCAUACUUUAUAAUAAACCUGUUUAAUAGUAACCGAAGAAAAGUUACAAUAAGAAUGACUAUGCAUAACUUCAAGAUAAUAUGAGAUUAGUUCACAAUUAUGUCCAAUCACCCGCUGAACACAGCGUAGGUAGAGCACAAAUAAAUUAAACUGUGGCCUAAAGUCAUGGAGGUUCUUAAAGUGCUCUUAAGUCAUAAAGAGUUUUAAGUUUCAAAUAAAGACCAUUAACUGCCCCAACUAAUAAAUCGCUAGGAAGACCAACAACUGCAGGAGGUGCAAUAAGUGCUAGUACCAAUACAAAUACCAAUCAAAUUCCUUCAUAAAGGUAAAAGGCAUUCUUCUAGAUAUCAAGAGGGAACUAUCAAUUUGAAUCUCACAAAAAUGGACCAACUAGCAAUGUUUCAUCAUUGAGAGACUUGCAUAAGAUGUAUGAGCCACCAAUACCAAGACAUUAAAUACCAACUAACAAUCCGUUCUAUAAUCAUUAGCUAGUUUCAAAAGCAAGCUAUCAAUUUUCUGAACUUUAAGCACCUUAAUCAAUUAGGUAAUCAUAGAAAAAGUCUAGUCCCAGAUCUUUACUUAAUUGGAUAAAUUCACCUAACACAAAAAGGGUUCAGCAAAAGAUGGCAAAUAGAAUCCAAUACUUGAAAUUCUUAUCAUAAAAUAAGAAUGUUUUUAUGAGUGAUGUAGCUUCAUUGCAAGAGGAUCCAGCUGAUCCAGGUACUUAAGGCAAAAAAAGCGUCUAGCAAAAAAUGAAUAUGCUGCUUAUGCUAGCUGAUGAUCCAAAGAACUACUACAAUGCUUUGCAGGAACUUGAAAGAGAAGAAGAAGAAAAAGGAAAUAUUAAGGAAGAUCACUUGUUCCAGGACAAAUAUAUCAUCUCUGAUAAAACUAUCAAUUAAAGUUCUCUUAAUGCUUAACAGCCUAGUCAAAACAACUAUAGCAGAGUACAGCAAACAUUUCAUCAUAGAACUAACGAUUAAAUAGAACAAUAAAGUAGAUUUACUCAUAAUUGA